ACUCUCCUCUGCUGUCCUGCGUUCACAUUGUUGUGGAACGACGUCACAGCUCGAAAAUGAAGGCGCAGAGGCAGCCAUUACUGGAGCUUGUCUAAUUAUUUUACUCCAAAUAAAUACUAGAGGAAAACUCCCAUGGCAAGAGCUACAAGUCAGUUGUAUGAUGUUGUGCCUAUUCAGCCCAGUGUUGUCAUCUGUUCCUGCUCGCAUCCAUCAAUGGUAAGAAACCACCCUGACUCCUGCUCGCCACUUGCUAUCCCAGGCGCAAGCAGUAGCCACUGUCCCACCAUGGAGGGAUCAGCCUCGGAGGCACGUGCUGUAGGAACGUCUGCCAGCAGUCAGGUCACUGACCUCCGUGCGCAGCCAGCUGUGCAGACCCCACAGCCACGAAAGAAGAAGCCAGAGGACUUCAAAUUUGGCAAGAUACUGGGAGAAGGCUCCUUCUCCACGGUUGUCCUAGCCAGAGAGCAGGUAACAGGGAAAGAAUAUGCAAUUAAGAUUUUAGAGAAGCGCCAUAUUAUGAAGGAGAACAAAACCCAGUACGUGAAAAGAGAAAGAGAUUUGAUGUCAAAUCUUGAUCACCCAUUUUUCGUCAAACUCUACUUCACAUUUCAAGAUGAUGAGAAGUUGUAUUUUGGUCUCAGCUAUGCCAAGAAUGGAGAGCUCCUAAAAUACAUCCGCAAAAUAGGUUCGUUUGAUGAAACCUGUACCAGAUUCUACUCGGCUGAAAUAGUUUGUGCUCUAGAAUAUUUGCACAAUAAGGGGAUAAUACACCGAGAUCUGAAACCAGAGAAUAUUCUUCUUAGUGAAGAAAUGCACAUCCAAAUAACAGAUUUUGGGACAGCAAAACAGUUAUCUUCAGACAGUAAACAAGCAAGGGCAAACUCCUUUGUUGGGACAGCACAGUAUGUGUCUCCUGAGCUGCUAACUGAAAAAUCAGCCUGCAAAAGUUCUGACCUCUGGGCUUUGGGAUGUAUUAUCUAUCAGCUGGUGGCUGGUUUACCACCAUUCAGAGCUGGAAAUGAGUAUCUUAUAUUCCAAAAGAUAAUCAAGUUGGAGUAUGAAUUCCCAGAGAAAUUUUUUCCCAAAGCAAAGGAUCUUGUAAAACAGCUUUUGUCUCUUGACCCUUCCAAGCGGAUCGGCUGUGAAGAGAUGGGGGGUUAUGACCCUUUGAAGCAGCAUCCUUUUUUUGAAACUAUCUCCUGGAGCAAUCUGCACCUACAGACGCCUCCCAAGCUCACCCCGUACCUGCCAGCCAUGUCUGAGGAUGAUGAGGACUGCUAUGGGAAUUACGAUGAUCUCCUGAGCCAGUUCAGCAACAUGCAGGUGGCACAAUCCACCUCGUCACAUUCGUUGUCGCCACAUGAAUCUACGCCGCCCCAGAGGUCCAGCAGCAACAUUGAACAGUACAUCCACGACUUGGACAACAACUCUUUUGAGCUAGACCUCCAGUUCACUGAAGAGGAGAAACGGCUGUUGCUGGACAAACAAACCACUGGAAACCCCUGGCACCAGUUUGUUGAAAAUAAUUUAAUCCUAAAAAUGGGACCAGUGGAUAAACGAAAGGGUCUGUUUGCUCGGCGGAGACAGCUGCUUCUUACUGAAGGACCACACCUGUACUAUGUGGAUCCUGUAAACAAGGUCCUGAAAGGGGAGAUUCCAUGGUCCUCACAGCUACGCCCUGAGGCCAAGAACUUUAAAACGUUCUUUGUUCACACGCCUAACCGAACAUACUAUCUGAUGGACCCCAGUGGAAACGCUGACAGAUGGUGCAAGAAGAUCCAGGAAGUGUGGAGAAAGAUCUAUCAAAGGCAGCAAAACCCUGGCCUAUAGGAGUACAUAUCCUCCUGCGGCCGCUCCCCCUUAGCUCUGAGGCCAAUCACUGAGCAGGGUAACACCCUCUUUAGUGCCCUCAUCGCCGCAGUAUAAACAAACUCUUAGAGACGCUGGCAUCUAGACCUUGUUUGUUUUCCUGAGUAGAACCAUGGGGAAAAAUACAACUUUUGGAUUCAGGGUUUGCUUUGCUUGUUCUUUGUGCUCUCUGUGAGGCUUCUAUUGCUUUUUUUCCCCAUGUGUGGAUGAUGAGACUGCCACCAUGCUCAUCUGCUUUUUGUACAGUCUGCAGGAGGAAUAAGAAGGGCAAGUGUGUCCUGUAGUAGGGACACAGGCUUGGAUACUGCUAGGACUAUCUCUCAAAUGCAAGGACUGGUUUCCUGCUUCAUUGAUACCAUGACACAAAUUUAGCUUUCAUGAACCAUAGCCUAUCCUGUUAUCUUAAGUAAAUCAUAUCCUAAUCUUACAUCGUACAUGCAAGCUAUAAACAUGACCCACUUCCAGUGCACAGACUUCAUUGAUGUCAUUCUGUAAGCUGAUAAAGUCUCACACCUCCCAAAAUUCAAAUCCUGUAUCUUUUUUCUUUUGUCAUUAUUUUUGACAUUUGUUUUGUGUAGUUUUAUUUUUGUCUCUUGGUACUUGCUUUUUGCAGUCCUGUUCAGGUCUCAGAGCAGGGUACUGGUCUGCAGUGAGACUGGGAGUCUUCAUACAAGUGUGAGCCUUCCAUAGCUAGACAAGUAUUGCUUAUAAGGGGAUUGGUAAACAUGCCACUAGUCUGUACUUUCUAAUCAUUAAUUGCUUAUCUUUCCUGCAUGGCCACUUUCGUAGAUCAGCCUUGUCUGCUUCUCCCUACCAGGGCACUGGAGUUAUAGUUUAUUCAACUUUUGUUAACGUGGGUAUUUUUGUCUGCAAUAGCAACCAUCACUAUUGUUAUUAUUGGACGAUUUGGCUGUCUGUACCAUUCACUGGCUAUUUCAUUGUGGUGUGAAUUUUUCAAUUGCUUACUUUUUGUAAUGAGAUAGUCAUAUUUUCUUCAGUUUGUUAAGAAACGAAAAAAACAAUUCUUAAUUGCUGACCACCCCAUGCUGAACAGGAAACAUAAAAUCUCUCAUCAAAAGAACAAUGUAGACAUACUAUCAUUCACUGAAGCAAUCACAGUAGAGCUGUUGUCCCCAGUGGCAGAACCGCCUCACUGGGCUCAUUUGUCCGGCCCUUUUUUUUUUUUUUUUUUUUUUAACCCCAUCCCGGCAUUUGGCCCAACAGAAAUGAAAAGGAUUCAUUUAACUUGUACUCUUGUUUUAGCAAUAUGUAUCAUCAUCAUGCUUUUAAUUUUGACACAAUACCUUAAGGUCUACCCCACGGACCUCUUUCUUCAGCUGAGUCUGUGUGCAGUGUGACUGGAGUAUAGGUGAAUAAGACUCUCAGGCCUUGGGGCCUGGGUGGGGCUGGAUGUGGUAGGAUGUCAGUGAAAGGAUAUCCAUCUGAUCCAAAUAACCAACAAAAUUGCUGUAUCUGUCUAUAAAGUCGUGAAAGCACUAGAGAAGUGUUUUCCUCUUGUUAGAAAAUCUGUUUGAAUCAAGUUGUUGGCAGUCGGUUACAUUGUGUAUGGAACACUCUACCUGGCUUGUAACUGACUAGAACUGUGAUGUACAGAUGAUGUAUUAUUAAAAUCUGAAGCAAGUAAUGCAAUGAUAUUAGGAUACAGUUUUUGUAUUUUUAUUCUUGUAUAAGGUUAUUUGAUGGCUAUUGUUUAGCCUCUAGUUCAUUCUGUGUUAUUUAAAUUCUAAUAUAUGAAUCAUAUUUGGAUUGAAGUCAUGUUCAGGGGCCAUGUUGUGUAUGUUUUGAGAUGUAAAGCCUUUGAAUGUGAAUAAUUAUUGUAAACUAUAAUAUUUUACAGCUUUUUUUCUUACUAUAUCAUACAUUUUCUAUUUGCUCAGUGAUUUAAUCAUAUUCUGAUAAUUUAAUGAAUCCGUUCAUUCUCUCUCUGAUUAUAUGUGCGCUAGGUCAGUAGAUGUUGAAUGAUGACAUUUUCCACUUAAAUGCUUGGUAGUCCAGUAAUUAAAGCAUGUAGGGAUUUAGGCAUUCAAAUAAAAGCCAUGUGUCCUGUCUUCUGUUACCAACCACAGUCAUGACACAGUGAAAGCAGCAGCAUUCAUUGGCAAUGGCACCUCACGUUUUUUGCAGCAUGUAAAUAAAGUACCGGCCCGUUAAAA